CAAACGCUUCUCUCAUUUUCCUCUCUCUCUCUCUCUCUCUUUCUUCAAGAACCAGAGGAUGGUUUCAAGAAUCAUCAGAAGAACGCCGACCAAGUCCAUCAAGGACUGCCACGGCCGCCGCGGCCGCAGCCGCCGCCUCGGGAAGAAGUCCCCCGUCAAGAACGCCGCCGCCGCCCCCGGCUCCUUCAUCGCGACGAUCAACAAGUCCCUCCACUCGUGCCAGCGCCGCCUCAUCAAGAUCUUCUCCAAGUUGGCCCACAUCGGCACCCCGAGCCGCCGCAAGGGCUUCAGGGUCCUCCAGAAGGUCGCCGACGAGCCGCCGUCCUCCCUUGCCGGGGCGAGCCUAUGCAGAUCCCUCUCCUUCGAUGCCGAGAAUCACCGGCUCCCGCCGCUGGUGUCGCCGACCAAGAAGACCGUUUUUCUCGACCUCGACGAGACGCUGGUCCACUCGCAGACUGACCCGCCUCCAGAGAAGUUCGAUUUCGUUGUCCAGCCAACGAUAAACGGCGAAAGGUUGAAUUUUUAUGUGCUCAAGCGCCCCGGGGUGGAUGAUUUCCUGCGCGUGAUGAGCGCCAAGUUCGAGCUGGUGAUCUUCACGGCCGGCGUGAAAGAGUACGCCUCGCUGGUGCUCGACCGGCUCGACCAGAAAAGGUCGCUGAUAUCGCACCGGCUGUACCGGGAUUCGUGCGAGGAAGUGGACGGGAAGUUCGUGAAGGACUUGUCCAAGAUGGGCAGGGACUUGCAGAGGGUGGUGAUCGUUGACGAUAACCCGAAUGCUUACGUGUUUCAGCCGGAGAACGCGAUCCCCGUUUGCCCGUUCGUCAAUGAUCUCGACGAUGUCGAGCUUGGAAAGUUGGCCAAGUUCUUUGAAGGGACUGAUGGAUUUGAUGACAUGAGGGAGGCUGUGAAGCAGUACAGAGCUGAAGAAGAUUUCAAGCUGGAAGUGAUGGGUUUGAUGACGUGAGGGAGGGCGUAAUUCAUUGCGACUACUUUGUCUUUUGUUUGUCUAACUGCUGGUAAACUGAACGAACAGCGGAUUGUUCAAUUCCAAUCAGAUUCAGAAACAAAGCUUGCAAGAAUUACUUGAAUGAAAUUUAUUAUUUAUUCACUCGC